AUGGUAUCUCUACAAGCGGUACAGCAAGCCAAUGCCGGUAUUGGGAGCCUUCCCGCAGGUCUCGUCGCACUGUUUAUGGGAGCUACAUCAGGAAUUGGACAAAGUGCACUCCACCAUUUUGCGCAGCAUGCCUCCUCCCCACGUAUUUACUCCAUCGCUCGCCCGUCCGCGGUUCGGUCCCAUGAGACCUUCCUAGACUCGCUACGCAGUUCUAACCCGUCAGGCACAUACAACCUGAUUGAAGGCGAUGUCUCCCUCAUCUUGGAAAUCGACCGGAUCGUCGCAGACAUCAAGGAGAACGAGACUAAGAUCGACAUCCUCUUCAUGUCGGCCGGCUUCAUGGCGUUCGAGGGCCGCAAAGACACACGCGAGGGCCUGGAUCCGUCCAUGUCGACGCGGUACUACUCGCGCCUUCGCCUGGUCCAGCAACUCGUCCCACUGCUCAACAACGCUCCCGGCCCGCGCGUCGUCUCAGUGCUGGGUGGCGGGCUGGAGUCCCCCCUCAACGAACAAGACCUGGACCUGCGCGAUCCCAAGAACUGGACCUUCUGGAGCUCAUCGAUGCACUCCGGCACUAUGGGCACGCUGACUCUGGAGAGGAUCGCGCGCGCGAACCCGAAUCUGAGCAUCAUCCACUGGUUCCCCGGGACCGUGGCGACGCCAGGCCUGGUUCGGGCUAAUCAGUUUGGCAUGUCGCCGCCAAACCCGACGAGUGCGGAUGAGGCUGGUCAGCGCGGGGCCUUCAUCGCCACGAACGACCGGUAUGCCGUUCGGGGAGGCCUUGUGCCUGUGCCCAUCGGGCUCUCUCCUGUGCAGAAGUCCGGCGGUGGUAUCUUCCUGGUUGAUCCGGCGGGCGAGGGCUCCAACAAUGAGCGUGUGCUGGCUGGACUACGGAAACGGGGGAUGGAUGACGCCGUAUGGCGCUUUACAGAAGGAAUUUUUGCUUCGGCUGCUAAAGCUGGACGCUCCAGUCAGGCCAAGGAUGAGCUGUAG